GUCGGACACCGCCUGCGUCGUUCGUCGCGGCACCGCCUUGGGAAAGCGACAGCGAGCACAGAGUCUGCGGGUGCGGCUCCGGGGCAUGCUAGCCAGUGGCGUACUUCAGGACACGAGGCUGGAUGAGAAGGGGCCUUGUUCCCAAUCGGUUAUAUACCCUCGCGUUCCUUUGUGCCCCCCUUCCGAGGACUUUCCCCCCAGUCCUGGAUCUUCGCAUUGACUUGCCUUAGGGAGAACCACGCAGCUACCACUUCGCCACUAUCUAUCAGUGUCACCUCUCAAUGUUAUCCGAACGUCCGCCCGUGCAGUUUUCCAUCAACCCAUCUGUGGGGGUUCCGGUUUUCAUUCCUCAACCUCAGGCGAAGGGACCGUACAAGCUUUUGAGCGUCAAGAACACAACCCCACCAACCCCCUUACGACGACCUAGCGCGAAUGCUGAAUACGGAUACCGUUGGAACGACGAGUCUAUCCUACGCUGUAGGCUGAUGAUGGAAGAGGAACCCACCCGACGGUACACUGACGACCAAGUGCAAGCUGUUAGGGAGAGAGCCAGGGAAUAUGGGCGGCGUCUACAGCUGAUCGAUACAAUCCCGCAAGCCGACUACUGGCGCCGGCAAGACGCAUACCAGAGUUUCUCGUUCGCUCGCUAUCUGCUCCUUUGGCGGAUAUUCCCCAUCAACGAUCUUCCGCCCGAGAUCCUGUCCCACAUCUUCCGCUUUGUUGCGCUGUCCUCUAGGACGCCCAAGGAGGCUGUCAACUCCCGUCUGCACCUCACAUGGGUGUGCAGACACUGGAGAGGAUUAGCCAUUGGCGAUCCUGUGUUAUGGAGCACCGUGUGGUUUCGACUAAGGAGACAUAGUGUUGGAACGUUUUCAUCGCCUUGCAUGGAGCGCUCGCUUGCGUGGCUGGAAAGAGCCUCGCAAGCAGUGCUGGACGUGAUGAUAACCGCACUUCCUCAACAUUUGCAACUUACACCGUUGUCGUCGCUGGAUGCGGGUAAAGCUGAUACACAUAUCGUGCAUCAAUUACUACAUCUGAUUGCACCGAAGCUGCCCCAGCUGCGGACGUUGAUAGUCGGACUGGAGAGUCCCAUGUGCGAUCUGGCAUUCCAGAUUCUGUAUAAUGCACUUUCUGCGGGUUUAGUACCUGCGCGUCUCGAACACCUCGAAAUCCGUCGGCUGGAAGCUGAACGUCGAGAAGCACUGCCAACGAUAUCCAAUCAAGCACCUUUACCUUUCUUGGGCAGCGAGGCGUCGGCCCUCCGAUACCUUGCCUUGGACGGUGUAACGGUGGAAUGGUCUCAGUCGUCCUUCGGAAACCUGACUUCGCUGGAAAUAUCGAGCACCCACUUCAAGAACCUGCCGAACUUUGACAUGGACCUCCCUCGCAUACUGAGGUGCUGUCCGAAUCUCGAGGAACUGGGACUUGGUGCCGGAUUCGAGAAACUGAGUGCUGAGGGAAUGGAUGUCGAGCCGGUUCCCUUGGACCAGCUGCAUUCUUUGACCUUCUACGAAACAGCACCUUCGAAUGUCUCCUGCCUCCUCUGCAUGUUCACCGCACCCUGCCUGCGGUCACUGACGCUUUCACACAUGGGAUCAGAGGACUGCAUAAUACUCUUCUCUGGAUUAAUGGGCAGGUUUCCGGAGUUGCGGUACCUUGCGCUCGAGGAGCUUGAGACGUCCGAAAAUGACCAUGCAGUGAACGUUAUGAUCAGGUGGUUCUUAUCCACGCCAGACCUGCGAUAUUUUAAAGCGAAGAACACCUGCGAGAGCUGUGUGUUCGACGCUCUAUUGUAUGUAGAAUCGUCGACGGAGCAGCCAGCUCUCCGCGCAACGCCAGACCCUCCCAAAGAGAUCUUGACUUCGAAUUAUCCGCUGAAGUCAGGAAAGGCGAUUGUCUGUCCGAAACUCGCGCUUCUCGAAGUGCAUGUCGCGGACGUGGACUCGGUUAUCGAAUUUGCUCAACAGAGGCAAGCGCUCGGUGCCCCGCUCAAGAAGAUCUACGCUGGUGAAGGCCUUCUCGCGGAUUUGGAAAAGGACGAUGUGGCGGAUUUACAAGAAGCGUCCGAGCUCUGGAUAUUGCCUGCUGGUCAGAAUUCCCCCGAAUCUCAGGAGCUACGACGACCAGCUUCGCUCCGUAGUGAAUCGAACUUAUGGGCCUAGGUCACCUGCAACGUCGAGUCUCCGUAUGUACGACCUACCGUUACUAGUGCUGUACAUCCUUAUGCUCCCGAAUAUCAGCUCGCAUGUCAUGGAAGUGUCCAAUCGCGUGAUCGUACUGGAGGGUGAUACAUUCAGAGGGGUUGGCCAGCUUCCCUUCACCGUGUCACACCGUGGUGCUGGCACCUCAUAAAAGGCGAAGAAUCGCUCGUCUCUGUCCUCUUGUUGUCCUCUUAUUGUCCUCCUUUUCGCGAACUCCGUCUCUUCAUCACACACACUAUUGUCCUUGCCAGCGGACUGUCUGGCCCAACACUCUUUCCUUACCCGUUCAAAGUGAAGGUCUCCUGGCACAAUGAGCGC